UGCUGCUUCAAUGACAGCUCUGGACUUCGAUUCGAAGGGAUGCACCUACAACCCGCAAUCAAAGCCGCCCAGCUUCGGCCAUGACAUGCUGAAAUACUUUAGCUUUCGCGAUGGAUACGUGAAUUUAAAUCAUGGAUCAUACGGCUCACUUCCUCGGCCCGUCCAGACAGCAUGCGAGGACAUGGCACAACAGAUCGAAGCAUGCCCAGACAAAUUCAUGCGGCUGACCUACCAAUCCCUCUUGAUUGAUUCAAGAUCAAGAGUUGCACGUUUGUUGGGGGCACAUACAGAUGAAUGUGUUCUGGUCCCGAAUGCGACACAUGGUAUCAAUACAGUACUGCGGAAUAUCCAGUGGAAUGACGGCGACAUUUUGAUUGGAGCUUCGACGACCUAUGUCAACGUCAAUCAUACCCUGCAGUACCUCCAUGACGUGCACCCCACUACAACUCUUGCGCCUUUCCACAUCCGCUUUCCUACCAGUCACUCCGCCAUCGUGGAGAGCUUUCGCGAGCAUCUGCGAAUUGUGAAGGCCACGCUACCGGGACUGCAGAAAUCGUCGGCUUCUGUUGCUCCGAAGAUGGUUGCCGUCAUUGAUAGCAUCGUUUCUAACCCCGGUGUUCGUCUCCCCUGGCAGGAGAUGGUUAGCCUGUGCCGCGAGGAAGGCGUCUGGUCAGUUGUAGAUGCUGCUCAUUCCAUUGGCCAAGAGCCCGAUAUCAACUUGAGCGAAUCGCGGCCUGAUUUCUUUGUGACGAAUUGUCACAAGUGGUUAUUCGCGAAGCGAGGUUGCGCUUGCCUCUAUGUCCCUUUUCGAAAUCAACACAUUACCAGGUCGUCUAUCCCGACAGGCAAUGCCUACCAGACAUCGCCGCCCAAUUUCGUGAAACAACAUGAAUGGACUGGUACCGUUGAUUGGGUACCAUACUUGAGCAUUAAAGCUGCGCUUGAAUUCAGACAGUGGAUUGGUGGCGAGGCCGCGAUUUUGGAAUACUGCCACAAGCUCGCGUUGAAGGGCGGAAGGCGCCUUGCAGAGAUAAUGGGCACCGAACUGAUGGAUCAAACCCCGGACAGCGAGUUAACGCUCAGCAUGGUGAACGUCAGACUUCCUUUCCCCGACGAGCUGCUGUCGCUCGGCGAUAUGAAUGCGAAACUACUCGACGAAUACAACACCUUCGCCGGGGUGUUUCGUCACGAUGGAAAGUGGUGGACACGAUGCAGCGCGCAGGUUUGGAACGAGAUCUCCGACUUCGAGUAUUUAGGGAAGGUGUUCAAUACGAUCGCAAAGGAAUUGUCGUCAAUCCACACUUAGAUUGCAUCUGAUUUAAUGCACAACUUCGCCUGCGUCCAAGCUGUAUAUUAUACAUCCGUCCCAAACGUCACCGACAGUUCAUACGUGCCAUUACCGC